CUCUUCGUCCUGCACUCUUCUCGUGGGGUGGCAGUCCUGUUCGCCCUUCACUUCGUUCGUUAUUGCAAUCAUCACGCUCAUUUUUGACGCAUCCAGGUCGUUCGAUUCUCCCACGCUGCGAUCACUCUUUCCGCGCGGCACUUUCCCUCUCUUGUUGACAUCCAACCCACCACAGCCAGCAGGACCGACUUUCCCGCUGACGUUGACUUCUCGAAACACCACACAAUUACCAAACAAACUCUUUCACAUUUAUACAGGCCCCCGGUCCUUAUCAAUAUUUUGAUCCAAAAGGGCUACGCCGAGGCGUGCAUUCUUUCUCAAUUGAACCAGAACUGCUGCACGGGACUGGCACCAUGGUGGGAUUCCGAAGUUUGGCGCUGCUCUCGCUGGCAGUCUUUGCCAGCGCCCAGUCAGUUGACAGUCUUGACCCUUGCGGACAACAAUGCUACAAUGCGGCCAUGAACAAUGCGGGCACGUUCGGCUGUGCGGCCUCGGACUUUAACUGUCUGUGCCGGGUCCAGGACUGGGGCUUUUCGAUCCGUGACUGCGCGCAGAACGCUUGCCCGCCUGGAUAUGCGCCUACUGUCACCAAUUUUGCGUCUUCCAUCUGUGCCACUGCCACACUGCCCCCCGGAGCCUCAGUGUCAACGGCCCCGACGACCUCUCAAGCCCCGCCCACGACGACUGUCCCCCCCACCACGACCUCGGCCCCCUCAUCCCAGUCGUCCUCCACAACCACGGGCUCGAGCUCCGGCACCACUACCCUCCAAACGUCCUCGACGACGUCCACGGCGGUGAGCACGUCAGGAGUCGUACCGACCACCGUGGCGGCCGGCGCGACGACCUCGGCUUCGGCCGCCGGCGCAGCGUCGACCUCGGAUGCGCCCGCGAUUACCGAUACUUCGGGGCUCACCGAGGCCGCAAAGAUCGGCAUUGGUGUUGGCGUCGGUGCAGCGGUGAUUGCUCUCCUUUCCUUGGCCGCUUGUGUCUUCCUACACAAGCGGCGGGCCAGUCACGCAUCGGCGACGGCGAUCAGCCGAUUCAAGAUCUCGCAUCCCAUACCGGUCGACGAUCAUACGUACGCGCACAACAACAACUCGGACUACGACAUUGGCGGCUCGGGCGAGCUGGAGAUGAAGAGCCGCAGGUACGAAGACAUGUUGCCGCGGCACCAACCGCGGCAGAUGGUCUAGAGGAAGGCGGAGAAGGAUGCGAUGGGCAGAUGACACCGUUGACACAACACCGGGAAUCCGCGGAAGACGGCAAGCGGCAUGGAGCUGGAGACGGAGAAGGGACGGCCCUGCAGGGAAACUACUUGCGCGAAGCAGAGUGCGGGAUGAAAGCGCUCAAAGGAUUCUGCUCUGAACUGAUUGCUCUGUUAGCGGGUCUCAACACGUAUCCCUGCAGUUUUGGGAGGGGAAGCGAGCUACACGGUAACUGGCAGCAGUCAUGCCGCAUCUGAGGAGGAUUCUGCCGAAUCUGAGUGAUGCCGCUGGUCCAUAUUCAUGGGUGUUUUUUUGGCGUCGAGCCUUGUCACUUGACGGACCAUGCGAGACUUGGUCUAUGCUCCGUUGGGCGGAUGCGUGGCUGUGACAAGGACGGCCUCUCCUUGUCUGCUUUCUUGUUCUAGCAUCGGGGCAGAACUACCAUGGGUGGUCCAGUGCCCUCGAGCUGAUGAGUUUUGAAGCGUAUCGCGGUGCUGCUUG